AAGUUGCUCUAUCAGAACUUCUUCUUUGGUAUAAGGAGGAUACGUCUAAUAACUCAAUUGCUGUAAACCUAUUGUUUUUUUUUCUGGUAUUAAACAUCUCUUCAGCCUCAGAUUGAUUGCAAUGUUCCUUCUACUUUACCUCGUCGUUCUGAUAGAUGUCAAAGAGUUUUUACUAACGGAAGGCAGCACAGUAGCGGCUUUGUGCCCAAAAGGCUAUUUCCCCUGUGGAAACCUUACCAGAUGCCUACCCCGAGCUUUCCACUGUGAUGGCGCGAACGACUGUGAGAACGGUGCUGAUGAGGAAAACUGUGGCGACACUAGUGGAUGGGCGACUAUAUUUGGCACAGUCCAUGGAAAUGCUAAUAAUGUGGCAUUCACACAGGAGUGCUUUCUUAACCAGUAUCCCCAAGGCUGUGACUGCAAAGCCAUGGAACUGGAAUGUGUAAAUGCUGGUUUAACGUCUGUGCCCACCAUCUCCAGCAAUGUGACAUUACUGUCUCUUAAGAAAAACAGAAUUCACAGUCUUCCAGGAAAAGUUUUCAUCAAAUACCCAGAACUUGAAAAGAUAUUUCUCCAGUAUAAUUGUAUUAGACACGUAUCCAGAAGAGCAUUUUUUGGACUAUAUAAUCUGCAAAUAUUGUAUCUCAGCCACAAUUGCAUUACGUCCCUCAGGCCUGGAGUAUUCAAAGACUUACAUCAGCUAACUUGGCUAAUUCUAGAUGACAAUCCAAUAACCAGGAUUUCUCAGCGGUUGUUCACUGGAUUGAAUUCCUUGUUUUUCCUGUCUAUGGUUAAUAACUACUUAGAAGCUCUUCCCAGGCAGAUGUGUGCCCACAUGCCUCAACUCAACUGGAUAGAUUUGGAAGGCAAUAGAAUCAAAUACUUCACCAAUUCUACCUUCCUGUUGUGUGAAUCUCUCACAGUGCUGUUUCUGCCUAGAAAUCAAAUUGAUUAUGUUCCAGAGAAGACAUUUUCUUCAUUAAAAAAUUUAGGAGAACUGGAUCUAUCUAGCAAUAUGAUAAUGGAGCUACCACCCCACAUUUUUAAAGACCUGAAGCUUCUACAAAAACUGAGUCUGUCGUCCAAUCCUCUUUUGUAUCUCCACAAGAACCAGUUUGAAAGUCUUAAGCAACUUCAGUCUCUAGACCUGGACAGGAUAGAGAUUCCCAAUAUAAACACACAGAUGUUUCAGCACAUGAAGAAUCUUUCUCACAUUUAUUUCAAAAACUUUCGAUACUGCUCCUAUGCUCCCCAUGUCCGAGUAUGUAUGCCCUUGACUGACGGAAUUUCUUCAUUUGAGGACCUCUUGGCUAACAAUAUCCUCAGAAUAUUUGUCUGGGUUAUAGCUUUCAUAACCUGCUUUGGAAAUCUUUUUGUCAUUGGCAUGAGAUCUUUCAUUAAAGCUGAAAACACGACUCACGCUAUGUCCAUCAAAAUCCUUUGUUGUGCAGACUGCCUGAUGGGUGUGUACUUAUUUUUCAUUGGUUUAUUUGACAUGAAGUACCGUGGGCAGUAUCAGAAGUAUGCACUGCUGUGGAUGGAGAGCUUACAAUGCCGCCUCAUGGGGUUCCUGGCCAUGCUGUCCACUGAAGUCUCGGUCCUGUUGCUGACCUAUCUGACUGUGGAGAAGUUCCUCGUCAUUGUCUUUCCCUUCAGUAACAUUCGUCCUGGAAAAUGGCAGACCUCAGUUAUCCUCAUUUGCAUUUGGAUAAUGGGGUUUUUAAUAGCUGUGAUUCCAUUUUGGAAUGAGGAUUAUUUUGGAAACUUUUAUGGGAAAAAUGGAGUCUGUUUCCCACUUUAUGAUGACCAAACAGAAGAUUUUGGAAGCAAAGGAUAUUCUCUUGGAAUUUUCUUAGGUGUGAACUUGCUGGCCUUUCUCAUCAUCGUGUCUGCCUAUAUUACUAUGUUCUGUUCCAUUCAAAAAACUGCCUUGCAAACUUCAGAAGUAAGGAAUCACAUUGGAAGAGAGGUGGCUGUUGCAAAUCGUUUCUUUUUUAUAGUGUUCUCUGAUGCCAUCUGCUGGAUUCCUGUAUUUGUAAUUAAAAUUCUUUCCCUCUUCCGAGUGGAAAUACCAGGCACCAUCACUUCCUGGAUAGUCAUUUUUUUCCUUCCAGUAAAUAGUGCCUUGAACCCAAUCCUCUACACUCUCACAACCAGCUUUUUCAAAGACAAGUUGAAACAGUGGCUGCACAAGCCUUGGAGGAAAGUGAUUUUCAAAACUAAAAAGAAAAGUUUAUCUACAUCCAUUGUAUGGACAGAUGACUUCUCCUCACUUAAACUUGAGGUUUUGAACAAAAUCAACCUUGGGGACAGUAUAGUGAAGCCAGUUUCCUAGUAAUGUUUUGAAUCUGCACUUUCAAUGGACUACCUGAAAAAAAAAAAUACAGCAUUUGGAAAAUGACAUCAUCAUGCUUUCAUCUUCACCAGUAGCAAGCCUUUCUGCACAGAGAGCACGGCUAGUGACUUCUGCCCCUGCAUCCCAGUGGCAGCUGACUACUGUCAACUGUAUCUAAGGUUCCUGUUGCCUUCACAUGGCUGACUUGCACCACCGAAUGCAAGAAUAGUAGGUUGACAUGCAGUUGACCUCUAGCUAGUCAGCACUACCUAUUACCAGCAAAUGUUCACGUUAGUACCACAUAGUCUGCAUUUAAAUUAAGAUGCCCUGUCAGUAGAAUAAAAACAUUCACAACAUCUCAUUCAGUGUAACCAUAACAACAGAAGACUGACAUCGCUUUCCUUGCCUUUUCAAUAUC